GAGAUGCCUAUGGAGGUGAUGGUGUGACCGGGGAGCGGAGAAGCAGUGGCCGGCUGAACCGAGAUCGUGGAGCUCUGAAAAUGGCGGCCGCAGAUCUCGCAAGACGCGAGAUCCAAGAUGGCCGCCGCAUGCGCCGGGAAAGAUAUCCGUGCGCGCCGGCUCUUAUGAAUGUGGGCGAGAAGCCACAAG